AUUUGAUGUUCACCUUUUAGACUGUAAGAGACGCUGUUGGUCAAAAUAUUUUUCUGUGCUGUGUCGUCAUCCAGUCCUUGCCCUGGCUGACUACAGUGAAUAAGGCUCACUGUGUUUUGUCGAGGUUUGUGAUGAACAGUGUCUCACGGGCUUACAUAUAAACGUUGGAGACGUGUUUAGUUAAAACCAGGAAACUGAUACAUGAGAAGCAGCUUUUCCGUUAUAUCAAGUGGAUUCAAACUUCCUUUUUCAAUUCCUUGUUUUGAAUGAUGGCACUAAGAAGAUCUUCCACCCACAAAUUCUUAAAAUGGCGAUUGUUUCAUGGAGUGGGACGGCACAUAAGACUGCUUAUCUUACUGCUUCAUGUCGUUAACAUGGUAGGUGGUCAGAUUCGGUAUUCUAUACCGGAGGAGAUGAAGAAAGGCUCUGUUAUCGGUAAUGUAGCGCAGGAUCUUGGUUUGGAUCUGAAAAGGCUCCGAUCUGGGCGGGCCCGUAUUGUGACCGGAGAAAACGUCCAAUACACCGAGCUGAAGACAGACAAAGGGAUUUUAGUCGUGAAUGAGAGAAUAGACCGGGAGCAGCUUUGUGGAGACGUGACACCGUGCAGCUUCAGCUUUGAGGUGAUUUUAGAAAAUCCAAUGGAAUUGCACAGAAUAACUGUUGAGGUGCUGGAUAUAAAUGAUCACGCUCCUGUUUUCCCAAUUAAGGAUAAACGUAUCAGUUUUGAAAUAAGUGAAUCAGCUGUAGUUGGUGUGCAGUUUCCACUGCAGAGCGCGGAGGAUCUAGAUGUGGGCCAAAACGCGUUGCAAGACUAUGUUUUAUCCCCAAAUGACAAUUUUAUCUUGCAGCAACACGCAAAUCCAGACGGAAGUAAAUAUGUUGAAAUGGUGCUGCAGAAGCCCUUAGACAGAGAGCGUCAUCCCAAUUUGUCUUUGAAACUAAUCGCAGUUGACGGAGGGACACCACAGAGAUCUGGUACAGUAACUAUAGAUGUCACUGUGUUAGAUGCAAACGACAACGCUCCAGUAUUUAACCAGUCAGUGUAUAAAGCAUCUGUGAUGGAAAACACAAUGACAGGCACAAGCAUUAUUUCAGUAAAUGCCACAGACGCUGACAGCGGUUCGUAUGGACUCAUUACUUACAGUUUAUCUAAAAUGAAAGGAAGCGCUGCAGAUAUAUUCAGCAUUGAUGAAAACACUGGCAGAAUUUAUGUUUCUGGUCAAAUAGAUUAUGAAAAAGACAAAAAAUACGAGGUGAGGGUAGAAGCCAAGGAUCAGGGUGGAUUAACUGGGACAAGUAAAGUUAUAGUAGAUGUUUUUGAUGUCAACGACAAUGCCCCAGUUAUAACUAUCAUGUCAUUUUCUAACAUGGUAUCUGAAGAUGUACCCCCUGGUACAACGAUUGCUAUUUUGAACAUAAAAGAUGCGGAUUCUGAGAGAAAUGGGCAAAUACACUGUUCUGUAGCUGGUAAACGUCCCUUUAAAAUCGAGUCAUCAAUAACAAAUUAUUACAACUUAGUUUCAGAUCAGCAUUUUGACAGAGAAUCCGUCUCAGAAUAUAACAUAACUAUAACAGCCACUGAUUUUGGGAGUCCCCCUCUUUCUAGUUCAGCUAAUUUAAAUCUUAAGAUCUCGGACGUAAACGACAAUGCACCAUUAUUUGAUAAAAGCAGCUAUUCUGCUUACAUCACAGAAAAUAAUUCCCCUGGAGUUUUUGUAUUUGCUGUCAGCGCACGGGACUCUGACUGGAAUCAAAACGCGAGAGUCUCGUAUCUUUUAGAGGACACUCAGGUCAGUGGAAGUCCAGUUUCUUCUUAUGUGUCAUUAAACUCUGAAACGGGGGUUGUUAGCGCGAUUCGCUCCUUUGAUUAUGAACAAAUUAAACAAUUUGAGCUAAUUAUCAAAGCUCAGGAUGGAGGCUCUCCUCCUCUCAGUAGCAAUGUGACUGUGACAAUACUGAUCCAAGACCAGAACGACAACCCACCUCAGGUACUGUACCCAGUCCAGACUGGAGGCUCUGUGGUGGCUGAAAUGGUGCCUCGUUCAGCAGAUGUGGGCUAUCUGGUCACUAAAGUGGUGGCUGUUGAUGUGGACUCUGGACAGAAUGCCUGGCUCUCCUAUAAACUGCAGAAAGCCACAGACAGGGCGCUGUUUGAAGUGGGCUUACAGAAUGGAGAAAUCAGAACUAUCCGCCAGGUGACUGAUAAAGACACAGUGAAACAGAGACUGACUGUUAUAGUGGAGGACAACGGGCAGCCCUCUCGUUCAGCUACAGUCAUUGUUAACGUGGCGGUGGCGGACAGCUUCCCUGAAGUGCUGUCGGAGUUCACUGACUUUCCACACGACAAGGAGUACAAUGACAACCUGACUUUUUACUUAGUGCUGGCUCUGGCUGUAGUUUCCUUCCUCUUCAUCACCUGUUUAGUGGUUAUUAUAUCAGUGAAGAUCUACAGGUGGAGACAGUCUCGCAUCCUGUAUCACUCCAAUCUCCCUGUGAUUCCAUAUUAUCCACCACGUUACUCAGACACUUUGGGGACAGGGACUCUCCAACACGUGUACAACUACGAGGUGUGCAGGACGACUGACUCCAGGAAGAGUGACUGUAAGUUUGGUGGAGCUGGUAGUCAGAACGUGUUGAUAAUGGACCCCAGUUCUACAGGGACAAUGCAGCGGAUACAGGGUGAGAAGAGCAUCCUGGAUGAACCAGACUCUCCUCUAGAGGUUAGUUAAACAGCUGUGUCCUUG